GUCUGUCCCUUUCAGACGCUGUCUAAGCAGACAGAUAUGACGGAGAAACAGAUUGAAAUCUGGUUCCGAAAGAGGAGAAAAGUUGAUGCUCCAACCCCGAUACAGAAGUUCAGGGAGUGCAGUUGGCACCUUGUAUUCUACACCUCAUUUUUCGUUUAUGGCAUGGUGUAUUUAUGGCAAAAACCGUACUUUUGGAAAACAAUUGAAUGUUGGAGGGACUGGCCAGUACAGCACGUUAGUAACGAUAUGUACUGGCACUAUAUGAUAGAGUUAGCCUUCUACUGGAGUCUCGUCUUCACCUUGUUCUCCGAUAAUAAACGCAAGGACUUUAAGGAGAUGAUUAUUCACCAUUUUGCCACUAUUGUGUUGAUGUAUUUCUCAUGGGUUCUCAACUUUGUUCGGGUAGGAACGCUCGUGCUUGUCGUACACGAUGCAGCAGACAAUUGGCUUGCAUUGGCCAAGAUGUCUAUAUACGCAAAAAACAAGACAGCUACUGAUAUCUUCUUUGGCAUAUUCCUUCUAGUAUGGGUACUGUCUAGACUGAUUGUGUAUCCCUUCGUUGUGUUGUAUUGUACCACUGUUGAGCCAUUCACUAUUGGGUUGAUAGAUUCUACUUUCGGUGCUCAUCAGUUUUUCAACUUCUUCCUCUAUGUUCUGUUGGUGCUACACUGUAUAUGGACUUACAUGAUCUUUAGAAUUGUCUACAGAAAAAUGGUGAAAGGAAAUGUCGAGGAUGUGCGAAGUGACUCUGAAGACUGGGUGAAGAGUCAGACAAUGAGAUGA